AUGGGUGAUCUGCCGGACGUUCGAAUAAACCCUUCUCGUCCGUUUCAACAUGCCGGCGUAGACUAUGCCGGUCCUUUUCAUGUCCUUCCGAUAGUAGGACGUGGCCAGCGGACACACAAGGCUUAUGUGGUUGUGUUCGUUUGUUUGGCCACUAGGGCCAUACACUUGGAACUGGCCAAUGAUUAUACCAGCGAUGGGUUUUUGGCCGCAUUUAGAAGAUUCACCUCUCGUAGGGGUCUUCCGGUCUCAUUAUUCAGUGAUAAUGGGACCAAUUUUCAGGGUGCCGAAAAGGAAUUGCGCAAUGCGUUCAGAGCUCUGUCGCGUGAUCCUGAUCUCGUCGCGUAUUUAGCCUCCGACGGCAUCACUUGGAGAUUUAUACCGCCCUCCGCCCCACAUUUUGGAGGAAUGUGGGAAGCGGGCGUAAAGUCCGUUAAGCACCAUUUACGGCGUGUAAUUGGUGCUCACACGCUUUCAAAUGAGGAGUUCACUACAUUACUAACUCAAGUGGAGUCAUGUCUAAAUUCUAGACCUAUAGCUCCCUUGUCCGAUGAUCCCUCCGAUCUCUCACCUUUGACUCCUGCCCAUUUCUUAAUAGGUACCUCGCUGAUUGCGACGCCUGAGGAGUCCGUAUUGGAUUUGAGGGAAACGCGACUCAAUCGUUGGCAGCGUGUACAGCGGAUGCACGAGCAGUUUUGGCGGAUAUGGUCGCGAGAUUAUCUCCACACGUUACAGCAGCGCUAUAAGUGGCGUCAGAAAUCGACUAGUUUGAAAGUCGACGAUCUAGUAUUAGUUCAAAACCCGUUGCUACCGCCGACGAAAUGGGAGCUUGUGAGAGUAGUAAAAAUCUAUCCUGACCCUCAAGAUCUCGUUAGGGUAGUGGAUGUAAGGACGCUUUCGAAUACAAGAAGGCGUGCCGUUAACCGGCUAUGCAAGCUUCCUAUCGAAAUUAAUGCGGGGUUGCCGCAGUAG